UCUUAAAAAGAUAGUUAGGGGUUUUCAAAUUACAGAAAAGCCGAAAAGCGAGCUUACAUUUUACCCUCUUUCUCACUCUCAACUCUUCAAAGAAGCAGCAGCAACUAAAGCUUUGAGGAAAUGGCGUUGGCUUUCGAUGAGUACGGGAGACCCUUCAUUAUACUCAAAGAGCAAGACCAGAAAACCAGGCUGAGAGGGAUCGAUGCCCAAAAAGCCAACAUUUCCGCUGGCAAAGCCGUUGCCCGGAUCCUCCGAACCUCUCUCGGACCCAAGGGCAUGGAUAAGAUUCUCCAAAGCCCCGAUGGCGAUGUUACCAUCACAAAUGACGGGGCAACAAUAUUGGAGCAGAUGGAUGUUGACAACCAAAUUGCUAAGUUGAUGGUUGAACUGUCUCGGAGUCAGGAUUACGAAAUUGGUGAUGGAACAACUGGUGUUGUUGUUAUGGCUGGAGCACUUCUAGAGCAGGCAGAGCGGUUAUUGGAACGUGGGAUUCAUCCCAUACGAAUUGCAGAGGGGUACGAAAUGGCUUCAAGAAUUGCCGUUGAGCAUUUGGAGCACAUAUCUCAGAAGUUUGAUUUUGGAGCAUCAAAUAUAGAGCCUUUGGUUCAAACAUGCAUGACCACUUUGUCCUCAAAAAUUGUGAACCGAUGCAAGCACCAUUUGGCUGAGAUUUCUGUUAAAGCAGUUCUUUCUGUUGCUGAUCUAGAGAGGAAAGAUGUCAAUUUAGAUAUGAUUAAGGUUGAGGGAAAGUUGGGAAAAUUGGAGGAUACUGAGCUAAUAUAUGGAAUCACUGUUGAUAAGGACAUGAGUCAUCCACAGAUGCCAAAGCAAAUUGAAGAUGCAAAAAUUGCCAUAUUAACUUGCCCAUUUGAGCCCCCUAAGCCAAAGACCAAACAUAAGGUAGACAUUGAUACGGUGGAGAAGUUUCAAACUUUGCGUCUGCAAGAGCAAAAGUAUUUUGAUGACAUGGUUCAGAAGUGCAAGGAUGUUGGUGCCACCUUGGUUAUCUGUCAAUGGGGGUUUGAUGAUGAGGCAAAUCAUUUAUUAAUGCACCGGAACUUGCCUGCUGUCAGAUGGGUUGGUGGUGUGGAGUUGGAGCUCAUAGCAAUAGCUACGGGUGGAAGGAUUGUACCAAGGUUCCAGGAGUUGACCCCAGAAAAGUUGGGAAGGGCUGGUUUGGUCAGAGAGAAGUCUUUUGGCACCACAAAAGAUAAAAUGUUGUACAUUGAACACUGUGCAAAUUCCAGGGCUGUAACCAUAUUUAUUCGUGGAGGAAACAAGAUGAUGAUAGAAGAGACAAAGCGCAGUAUCCAUGAUGCAUUGUGUGUGGCCAGGAAUCUCAUUCGCAACAAUUCUAUUGUCUAUGGUGGUGGCUCAGCUGAGAUUUCUUGCUCAAUUGCUGUGGAGGCAGCUGCAGAUAAAUAUCCAGUAGUUGAGCAGUAUGCAGUCCGGGCAUUUGCUGAUGCUUUAGACUCGGUCCCCAUGGCCCUGGCAGAGAAUAGCGGACUCCAACCCAUUGAGACACUAUCAGCAGUGAAAUCUCAGCAAAUUAAGGAGAAUAAUCCACACUAUGGAAUAGACUGCAAUGAUGUUGGGACUAAUGAUAUGCGGGAGCAAGACGUCUUUGAAACACUGAUCGGGAAGCAGCAACAGAUCUUAUUGGCAACGCAAGUUGUAAAGAUGAUUUUGAAAAUUGAUGAUGUCAUUUCUCCAUCGGACUACUGAGGUAUAAUUUCUGUACUGCCUCACUCUGAAGGUUACCCUGUUUUGAUUGUUUUGUAUGGUUCACUCCAGAACAAUUGUUCACUUGUGAGGAACAUGUUUUGCUUAUGUAUUUUUCAACUGCCAAGCUCUUUGUUGGUUGGAAAUAGAAUGAUAAACCCUUCGUAUUGA